GAUGCAGUGUUUCUUCCACUUCGUUUGGCUUGUGAGUUGCGCACUCAUCCUGCUGUUCCCAUUGCUAUCGACUGCAUAGGAAAGUUGUUCUCCUAUGAUUUUUGGGGUCAUUUUGCAUCAGAAAGUCCAGAUCUGUUCAAUCAGGCUUUAUAUCGCCAUUUAUUUGUAAAUACUGUCGUGGAUGUAAUUUGUGCUUCAUUUAAUCAUACUGGCCAAACUGACGAGUCAACACAACUACAGAUUGUCAAGGCAAUCACAUCUGCAAUCACCACGUCUAAUCCCAGAUCGGCUAUUCAUGGAAAAUUAUUACUAAAAGCUAUGCGAGCAGUUUAUAAUAUAUUUUUACACUCUAAAACUACCAACGUGCAAACUAUUGCUCAAGCCUCAUUGACCCAGAUUGUACAAACCGUUUAUUCACACAUUCCUGAAUCUCUUGGUUCAAAUGGUUCCAAGUUGCGUGAUGGUGAUACAGGCAAUGAAAUGAAAGCAGUGGAUUAUCUUACAGUCGAAUCUCAGCCCAAUAACUCGAUGGAAACUGAUGAAGAUCAGUCAAAUAAUUCAAUCCUUGUUGUUUGUAUUGUUUGCUUGAACUGUGUUUUUGUUUUAUUACUCAACACACGACAUAGGAGUCAACUUUCCGAUAGAUCUGCUAGUGGAAGCAUGCCUCGAAAACAAAGCAAACGAAAAACUUUGGUGAGAACAUCACAGGAAAUUAUAUCCGCUCAAUCUGAAGCACGCCGACUUGGGUUGGAAACAGUAUACGACCAGCAUGUAAAGGACGCAUUUCUUGUUUUUCGAGCUAUUUGUAAACUCAGCAUGAAACCUUUUGGAACUGCAGAUCAGCCAACUGAUAUAAAAUCCAUUGCCAUGAGAUCCAAGCUUCUAUCCCUGCAUCUAGUGUAUCAGGUUCUUACACUGCACAAGCACGUCUUUUUCGCACCCGCACCUAUUCUUUUCUCUUGGAAAAAUCAUCAAGCUACGCCUACAUUACCAUCCGUUGCAUUUAUUCUUGCUGUCAAGCAAUACUUGUGCUUGGUAUUCACAAGAAAUAUUGUAAAUGUGCUUCCUCAUGUAUCUGAAAUCACCAUGGCGAUUUUUGGUUGCAUUCUACAAGAUCUACGGUCUAUUUUAAAAAAGGAAAUUUUGGUCAUGAUGACUGAAGUGAUUCUUCCAUUUAUUGAAAUUAAAUCUGGAAUUCCAUCGUCCACAUACCGACAAAGAGUGAUUUUGUGCAAUUCACUCCAUCGAUCAUUGUCAACACAUUCACAAAGUGGUCGGAUGCUGGUUGAACUAUAUUUGAAUUACGAUUGUGAUGCACAUUCUGGUCCAUCCGAAAACAUCCUAGAACGACUCGUGUCGGCAGUAGCAAAACUCAUUACUUCAACAGCCGAUGUAAUUAUUUCAGAAAAAUCUCCACAAAAUAUCGUGGUCAAAUCAAGCGGAAUAUGGUCGGGAGGUUCAAUGCCUUCCUUUGCCAUUGCAAAUUUACCUCAUUUGACUCGUGAUGAAAUCCGUGAAUUUUAUCUUGCUAGUGGUGAUCCCAACGAGCUAAAAUUAUGUGCAUUACAGCUUUUGGUCAGUGGUGUACUGAAACCACUUAUUGGUUGGUGUCAUGAACGGAUGAGUAGUGUUGCUGCUGAAGAAGCUUCUUUAACCAAAUUGGCAAGUGGUACUCCAGACGAGUUUAGUGACAAACCUAAAGCAGUUGUACCUGUUUGGGGAGGAUUGGAUCCUACCACUGGUUAUUAUCAUGGCAUUGAUGAUCCUACUGCAUUUGAAACGCUUAAAAACAAGAAACGUGCACUGAUUGAAGGCAUAAAGUUGUUCAACUACAAACCCAAAAAGGGUAUGCAAUUUUUACUCGACUCCAACUGUAUUUCAACUCGCACACCACGAGAUAUUGCUCGAUUUUUACUCACCGCUGAAGGGUUGAGCAAAGGAAUGAUUGGUGAAUUUCUUGGCGAGGGUGACGAUGAAAACAUUGCCAUUAUGCAUGCAUUUGUUGACGAAAUGGAGUUUACAAAUCUUGGGUUUGUUGAAGCACUCCGCACGUUUUUACAAAGUUUCCGUCUUCCUGGUGAAUCUCAAAAAAUCGAUCGGUUCAUGCUGAAAUUUGCAGAGCGGUAUCUUAAAGGCAAUCCCAAAGCAUUUUCGAGUGCAGACACCGCAUAUGUGCUUGCGUAUUCAGUGAUCAUGCUUAACACUGACCAGCACAAUGCACAGGUCAAGCGAAAGAUGACAAAAGCCGAUUUUUUGAAAAACAAUCGAGGCAUUGAUGAAGGAAAAGACCUUUCGAUCAAUGUACUUGAGCAAAUUUUUGAUGAAAUCAAUGCCAAUGAGAUUGUCAUGAAAGACGAGGUGGAAAAAGUGGCUGGAUCAGGUGGUGGUGACGAUAACCAAGAUACUCUUAAUCAGCCCAUGAGAAAACUAAAGAUAGAUCAAGCAGGAAUCAAUCUAUCGCUAAAGACCGAAGCCAUGUUUGGUAUAAUCACACGAGGAAGUGAUAAACUUGAUGGGAGUCCAGUUUCACCAGCACACACCAACCUAUCAAUUACCAACGAUUCUUCAUCUCCCACUGAUUCUAUUUUUAUCUCUGCCACUCAGUUUGAAAACGUCAAACCCAUGUUUCAAUUGCUGUGGAUGUCAAUUCUCAUGGCCAUAUCAACACCUUUACAACAGAGCGAUAACAUAGAUAUCAUUGAAGUAUCUCUGGAGGGCUUCAAGAGUGCUACGCAUUUAUCGUGUCUGUUUGAUCUCGAGUUUGAAAAACGCGCGUUUUUGUCCAGUUUAACCAAGUUUACUGUUCUUGGAAAUAUAAGCGAGAUCAAAUCAAAACAUCUCGAGGCUGCCAAAUUGCUUUUUCGAAUUGCAUUGGCUGAUGGGAAUUCUAUGGGUGAAUACUGGGGAAAUAUUGUGCGGUGUGUGAGUCAACUUGAAAAUCUGCAGUUGCUUGGUACUCAGGAUAGUGAUGACAUGACAUUCAGAACUCCGUAUGAUGUACGUAAAGAUACAUCCAAACCUACAGCAAUGCAGAGAAUUGGAGAUGCAAUCACUGCAGCUGAAAUUGCAUCUCAAACAAUGGCAUUAUCGGUAGAUCGCAUAUUCACCGCAAGUGCAAAAUUGUCGGGUUCUGCCAUUCUCGACUUUGUUCGAGCACUUUGUGAAAGUUCGUGGGAUGAAAUCAAGUCCAGUUCUGAUCGUGAACAUCCACGCAUGUACUGCUUACAAAGACUUGUGGAGAUUUCAUACUACAAUAUGCGUCGUAUUCGUGUUGAGUGGUCCAACAUUUGGGCCAUUCUUGGUAAGCACAUCAACCAAGUCGGUUGCCAUUCUAAUGCAACGGUAGCCUAUUUUGCUUUAGACAAGUUUCGACAGCUGGCCAUGAAGUUUUUGGAAUUAGAAGAGCUGCCCAAUUUCAAGUUCCAAAAGGAUUUUUUGCGACCAUUUGAAGAGAUUUUUAGAAAUAAUCCCGACGUAAAAAUCAAGGAUAUGUGCUUAGUUUGUUUGCAACAGAUGGUGAAUGCCAAAUCAAAGAAUCUGAUGAGUGGUUGGAAGGCAAUGUUUAGCACGUUUUGCAGAGCAGCUCAGGAAAAGCAUGAAUCCAUUGUAAUGCUUGCAUUUGAGGUGGUCAAGUCCAUUUCCAUAAAUCAUUUGGAUUUAGUCAUUCGAAAUUAUACUUUUGGUGACUACGUAAACUGUCUUGUCGAGUUUUGUAAAAAUCAGGAUUUUCCAAAAAUAUGCCUUCAAUCUGUAGAGCUUCUUCAUCAAGCAAUUGUACAUCUGCUUUCCACUCCGAUUUUACCCAAACCGGAAAUGCAAGUUCAUAUAGAACAAACAACACUUGCUGAUAAUCCAUCCAUUCGGUUCUGGUUUCCUGUUUUGUUUGGAUUAUACGAGGUUGUCAUGACCUGUGAUUUAGAAGUUCGUACUCGUGCGCUCAACUUUUUAUUCGAUGCUUUGGAUGAACAUGGAAACUCUUUUUCACAAGAUUUUUGGUCACUGAUUUACAAAGGUGUUUUGCUUCCCAUUUUUGACGAUCUUCGCAUUACUCGCAGUGAUCAAAGCAAGUUUUCCAACAGAGAGGACAUGUCUGUAUGGUUAUCCACAACUCUGAUUCUUGCACUGCGUAAAUUCGUCAAGCUUUUUUCGAAUCAUUAUUUGGCGCUGUUUUUCAUGUUCAAUGAGAUUGUUGAUCUGCUAUUGAUCUGCAUGACACAGGAGAGCGAAACACUGUCUAAAAUUGGAUCAACGUGUCUGCAAGAGUUUAUUGAAGAAAAUGCGACAAAGUUUGAUGCAGAUUCUUGGGAUAAAAUAUGUGAUCGGCUUGUUUAUUUGUGCGAAUUUACGAUGCCGGAUGAAUUGUUUUUUGACAUCAACGAAGUAGUCAAGCAGCCUUUAUCUGUCACGACAGACAAGGCUCCACACAGUGAUUCUGAUACAAUACCAAUACAUCCGCCACAGCUACUCCAACAAUCGCCAUUACCGAUCGAAAAAGAACCACAACGACCUUUAUGUGCGACUGGUAGACCUUAUUCUCACAAGCCGGUCAAAUCAGAAUUUCAACGCAUUAUUUUUAAAUGUGUAUUGCAUCUGCAAGUCAUUCAAACUUUGCAAGAACUUCUCUCUACUGAUCACAACCCAACCGUAUAUAAUUCUUUACAGUCAUACCAAGUGCUUAAACUUGUUGACUGUCUAUUUCAAAGCUACAAGUUUGCAAAACUGUUUAAUGCUGACGGGGAGUUACGAACCAUGUUAUUUAGAAUGGGAUUUAUGAAACAACCACCUAAUUUGCUUAAACAAGAAACUUUGAGCAUCUCUGGGUAUUUUAUGGCGCUAUUUUGCAUGUUUGGCGAUAUGUCAAAAGAACGUAUUUCUAGUCACGAUCAGAUUAAGCAGCGUUUAAUCCCGCUUGCAUAUGACGUUCUCUGUUAUUAUAAUACAUUGGAUCCGGAAAGCCGAAAGCGUAACAUUAGUGCAUGGCGACCAGUAGUUCAAAUUAUCUUGAAUGGGUUAUCUCGGUUUACAGAUUCUCAAUUUUCGGAACAUAUUUGGCAAUUUUAUCACCCAGUUGUUGGACUGAUUCAAUUUGAUAUGCCAUUUGAGGCUCGUCAAACCAUCAGAACGAUUCUUGUGCGAGGUGGUAUUGUAUUUGGCGCAAAUGCAACAUCAGCAGCUAGUUCCACAUAUACUGAUAUACCACAUUUAAUGACCAUCAAGAAAACAGAUAGUGUGAUCGAGUCUGCUACAAUGACUACAACCCCAACCCAUGACAAACCAUUUCAAGCAAGUUCAUCUAUGCAGUCAAGUUCCGCUGAUAUGCAAACAAGUUGUGAUGAUGCAUGUGUUUUGGUGACUGAUCCUGCCAAUAUUUCUUCAAAUCUAUUGGCUGAACAAACCAUUCAUGAGUGA